AAUGCGUCGUUACCGGGGUUCUUCAUGAACUCUAGCGAGGCGUGGGCGCCGCCGAUGGACCUGGACGUGUUCUAUCGCCCCGACGUGGUGAUUAUCGCGCUGUACGUGGCCGUGCUCACGGCCUCGCUGUCCGCCAACACGCUGCUCAUCUUCAUCGUCAUCAAGUUCCAGUAUAUGAGAAGUGUUACAAACAUCUUCCUGGUGAACCUGUCCGUGGCCGACCUGCUGGUGACGCUGUUCUGCAUGCCUGUUCAGAUCGCCAAGUCCGUGACGCUGCUCUGGUACUUCGGAGAGGUCAUGUGCAAGACUGUCAACUUUCUACAAGGGGUAGCAGUAGCGUCAUCAGUAUUCACAAUCACAGCCAUGUCCGUGGACCGGUACCUGGCCAUCACGCAGUCACUGCGCCAACCCUGGAUGCCCUCGAGACGAGGAGCUUGCAGUCUUCUCGCCUGCUUGUGGCUGAUAUCUCUGGCCAUUUUCGCCCCGCUGCUGGCGGUUGCUGCUGUGGAAAGGGAAAUGGUGCCCAUGUUGGCUAGGACGAAGAAUGGAUCGAAUCAUAAUUUACAGGUACUAAUGGAGCGAAGCAUUGAGUUCUGCACGGAAAAAUGGCCAGACUCCAUACGAAAGGAGCUUUAUGGCGCCUUCAGCUUUGUACUGGUGUACGCCGUGCCAGGCUGUAUCGUGGUGGUGUCGUACGCGCUGAUGGGCCGCCGCCUGUGUUCCGUCAUGCCGCCCUUCGACCAGACGGAGGGCAGUGCGAACAGCCAACAGCGGCUCCGACUCGUGCGCGAGCGCAAGCGCGUCGCCUGGAUCCUGCUGCUGCUUGCCAUCCUUUUCGCACUCUGCUGGCUGCCAUACAACAUCCUGCAACUCCUGAUUGACGUGAAUGCUGUGCAGGUGGACUCUGGAGCGCUGCUGAUGCCGUACACUCUACUACUAGGGCACGCGAACUCUGCCAUCAACCCGAUAGUGUACUGCCUGAUGACGCGCAACUUCCGGCGGUCACUGCGCAAGCUGCUGUGCCACGACCCGGGUAACAUACACUCUAGUACUCAUUUCCAUAUGCAGGGCUUAAGACAAAAAUCCAACACGUCUAGCGCUCGCACUCGCACUACUGUCACGUUCCGCAGCAGCAACCAUCAGAGGCCGUGUGCCCCGAGCAUCCAGUACGGGAAGGUUGCCCGCACCACCUCGCUGAAAGACAACGGGUGGAGAGGCGAGAAAACACCACAGUUCCUAUAA